AAAACCAGAAUUUCAAUCUACAAAGCAGAUAGAUCAAAGAAAUUUUCAGAAAAGAAAAGAUGUACGUAACAAGACCUCUUUCCAUGUACAAAAAGGAUCCAUCAGCUCUUUCAUUGCCUCCUCCAGAAGGUCCAAAUUCAGGUAUUUUGGUCAUCCUAGAUGAAGAAGCCGAGCCUACUUGUUGUUUUGGCCUCUGCAAAAGCGAUGAACUCAAGGAGCUUCCUUUCCCUCAAAACAAGAACCUCAAAACUCGCUAUUCAACUACCUCGGGCACCGGAAACGGCAGCCACACCCAUGUCCAUUACCACCGUGUUGUCUUCAUUCCUGUUCUUAAUCUCCCUCUAUCUUCCAAUCGCUACUACGCUAUUCAACCACGGGGCAGCCAUAAAGGGGAAGCAUUCACAAACGCAAACGAGGAGGAUUUGACAACCUGCUGUUUCUGCAACUUCGUUACCGACAGAAAGCCAGAACCUUUUCAUCACGAUAACAUUUAUCAGCAAUUUGAGAUUUGUUACCGAGACUGGGGAGGCUUUUAUGCCAAAUCAGUGUCUCCAGAUGGGUAUCCACCAGAGUUCUUGAGCAGAAAGGGAUGGACAGUGGUGACAGAAACUCCCUCUAAUUUUUACCUUACUGAAGCACUGGGCCUCGAUACUAACCUCCGCACUUCCUUUCCAGAUUUCACUUUCCCGUUAUCACAAAAGACUUCUAACCCCGUGGUUGUGGGGAGAUGGUACUGUCCUUUCAUGUUCAUCAAAGAGGGAACACCAAAACAACAAAUAAGCAGUUCAAUGUAUUACAAGAUGACACUUGAGCAAAGAUGGGAACAGAUAUUUGCAUGUGAAAAUGAUCAUAACGAGGAUAAUGUUGCAGUUGUAGAUGCAACUGUCCAAACGGUAGUGGUGUUCUUCGGUGGAGUUGAAUGUAUGCCUGAUGAGAAUAACGUGGCAGAUGGGAUGAUGUGGUUUAGGGGUUUGAGCAAUAACGAAGGAGAACUGGGUGUGGGGUUGAGUACGCUAAUCACAGAGAGAAUGAAGUGGGAGCAAGAAAGAUUUGGGUGGGUUGGAGGAAAUGGGAGGCAAAUUGGUGUGAACAGAGUAGAGAAGUUUGGAGGAGUUGGUGAGUGGAGGAAAUUUGGCUGUUAUGUGUUGGUUGAGAGGUAUGCAUUGAAAAGAAUGGAUGGAAGGUUGGUGUUGACUUAUGAUUUCAAGCAUAUUAAUAAGAUCAGAUGCAAAUGGGAAUGAGCAUUUGGGCUAAUCUUUUGUUAUACCAAGUUGCAGUUUGUCCUGCCGUUAUGUGUAUAAAACAAGUUCUGUAGGGAUGUGAAAUUAGAAUCCAGUUCAAUAAAAAAAAUUUUGUUUA